AUGGCCAAGAAGGCGCGCCAGAGGAUCAGCUAUGGUAUGUCUGCCGUGUGUACCUAUCUCUCUGCCUGUGCUGCUUUGCUUGCUGUUGGUGCUCGCGUGCCGCUGCGCUUCUGUCGCAUGUUGGCUGAGGCCAACGACGUAACCCCGCACGUCCGCCGGGACGAGCACCUCGACCCUCGAGCUCCAUCGCGAGAACCGGAUCUCCUCGAGCUACCAGCUGGUUCACAAGGCGGCGGCCACAGGCUAGGCGUCAAUGGCCUCGCCGUCGACAAGGACAACGCCAUCCUAUACUCGGGAGCCCGCGAUGGCUACAUCUGCGCAUGGGACCUCAACCUCAACCUCCAGACCGGCGGCAGCGCGCAACCCUCCGAGACCAAGACCAAGACCGCCUUCCGCUCCCAGACCCAGGCGCACAUGGCAUGGAUCAACGACAUCGUCCUCGCCAACAACAACUCCGCCGUCGUCACCGCCUCCAACGACCUGACGGUCAAGGUCUGGCGUCCACACUCCGAGACGAACGAUAUCGCCGCGACGAUUGGAGGACACGCCGACUAUGUCAAGUGCGUUGCUACGCCCCCCGGCGGCUCCGUCAAUUGGGUUGCUUCCGGCGGCUUCGAUCGCAAGAUAUAUCUGUGGGACUUGAACGGAGGAGGCAAGACUCUCGAGAUUGACACCCAGGGCGACGAAGUUGCGGAGAAGGGCUCCAUCUAUGCCCUGAGCGUCGGUCAUAGCAUCAUGGCCAACGGUGGUCCCGAGUCGGUUGUGCGCCUAUGGGACCCUCGUUCCGGGAAGAGGGUGACCAAGUUCGUCGGUCACACGGACAACGUGCGCGGUGUCCUGCUCAAUGAGGCCGGUGACAAGGUGCUCACGGCUAGCUCUGAUCAUACUGUCAAGCUGUGGAGCGUCACGGCUGGCCGUUGCAUGUACACUUUCACCAUGCACGAAGACAGCGUCUGGUCGCUCUUCUCGGACGACCCCGAGCUAGGCACCUUUUACAGCAGUGACAGGUCCGGAUUCGUCGUAAAGACGGAUGUCCGAGGAAACCUUGAAGAUCUCGACGAGGGGAUUUCUGUUGCAGUCGCCCAUGAGUCUCAUUCUAUCAGCAAGGUUGUGGCGGCAGGCGACUACAUCUGGACGGCAACCAACACUUCAUCGAUCAACCGGUGGUCCAAUGUCGAUACCGGGCCUGACCUACAGCUUCCUGAGGCCUUCCAGCGCCAACGUGCAGCAUCCACGGCUUCGAGGCCUAGACAGCCCUCAAAUCCUCCGCCUGCGAACUCGCCAAAGAAGGAAAUCUCACCGAGAUCGAUCUUAAGAAUCUCUAACACGGCGACAUUCCCAGUUCAAGCCAAUACCGGACCAGAAUCUCCGCCGCCGGUUGGGAAUCAUGUACCGCAAGGGACCGAGCCCAUCAACCAGAACCCGGAGGAGACGAUUGAGGGCCAAUUCGGGUUGGUCAAGCACAGGCUCUUGAACGAUAGGAGGAGAGUCCUGACGCUUGACACGGCUGGUGACGUUCUCAUGUGGGAUCUCAUCAAGUGCAAACCGAUUCAAAAGUUUGCGAAAAAGCACUUGGAAGACGUUGAGGUAGAAGUCAACACCACAGAAGCGGUAGCCCCGUGGUGCUCCAUCGACAUCAGCUCUGGAAGCCUUACCGUGGUUCUGGAACCGUUCAAUUGCUUCGAUGCCGAGAUGUAUGCGGACGAUCUGGAGUUGGAGGAGCCGGUGGAGUUCCGGGAAGACCAAAGGAUCAACCUUGGCAAAUGGGUUCUUCGCUACCUGUUUGCUGGCUUGAUCGACGAAGAAAUCAAACGAGAUGAGUCAUAUCGUGCGACACUCAACGAAGCUGUAGAGCGAAAACUACAUGCAAGCCGGGCGAGCCCUCCAUCGUCAAUAACCAUUCCUACCGACAAUGCGUGGGAUGAGAGUUCGGGAACAACACCACGUGCGAAUGGCUCUCACUACCCCAUGACGCCUGGCAUGGCUAUCGGCCUUGCCACGCCGGGGGCUUCUGGCCGGCUUUAUGACGUGCCAGAAGGAGCGGCCACCCCAUCCAGUCCCCUCGAUAACAAAUCGUCUCAGUUCAGCCGGCCGUCCAGUGAACGAGACGACUACUUUACAAGCGCCAUUGGGCCGAUUGAAGGCGCUUCGAAGCCCACUGCGGCACCAGCAACGCCUGCCGAGCAAACAGCGGCUCCCGAUGCCAAGACUCCUGCAGAUGCAGGCAAGGACAAGGACAAGGAAAAAGAAAAGGAAAAGGACGCCACAAAUGGAAAGUCGCCUAGCACCCCGUUUGGCAAGAAGUUCCGUAUGGGCAUGGGCAUGGGCAUGGGCAUGUCUUUUGGUAGCAAGAAGAGUGGACGAUCCGCCUCAACCACUGCUCCGGAGAAGCCGGCCGUGGUGGAUGAGAAGGCUGAAGAGUCUGAGACAUCCUCGACGCACGAGAAGGAAGUCGAUGACAGUUUCCUGGGCGCCAUCCAGAAGAUUCGCAAUGAUUACGAUAAAUCGCUGACCGAAAAUCCUGACAAGCUCAUUGAGACAAAGGUCACGCCGAGCUUGGCGAACGAUACACCGGUGCUCAAGCUGCCUCCUGGCACAAAGGUGGUGCUUCAGGAAGAGACCACUGGCGGAAGCGCAAACAUAUACCAGGGCACCGUUGAGACCGUCGGCCAGGGUGCGGAUAUCAUUGAGCAACGCGGUCCAAUGUGGCUGGGCGAGGUGCUGCUCCAGAAUCAGAUCCCUACCAAAGAGCCUGUCAAGGUCUCUUUCGUGCUCCAGCCAUGGCAGAACAGUUUGCCCGAUAUCGCAACAACAGAUGGCAACAACCGUCUCAAUGCCAAUAGGAUGCUUCGCGUCAAGAAAAUCUUGGCCUAUGUUGCAGAACGCAUCGACCCGCAACCAGAGGAUCCGGAACCGGAUGCUCUUCUGCCUCACGAGUACUUGGAGCUGUACUGUAACGAACAGUUACUACCCAUCACAAUGACUCUUGCAACUUUACGAGCUCACAUCUGGAAAGGUGGCAACGACGUUCAGCUUUACUACAAGGCAAAUGGGCGCAAGGAAAUCAAGGAGAUCAAGGAGGCUCCCAACCCGGGUCCCGAGCCUGCAGCGGCAGCAUCGGCAGCAACGGAAUCCGAUCAUGCACCAUCGACAGGCACCGCAACGCCUCCAACAGCGACAGGAUAG